AUGGAUCCACUGCCGUUGCUAGAAGAACUCGAAAAUGACAUGAAGGUGUUAAUCUCUGAGACAAGGAAAAAAAACGUGUGCAUAAAGGAAAAGACAGAAAUAUGCAUAAUAAAAAUUAAAAACUAUAAUAGUAUAAUCGAAUCGAAUAAAAACCAACUGUUCAGCAGCUUUGAAUUUCCCAUAGACGAAAUACUCGACAUUGUCAACAUAGGCAUCAACAUCAGUAGCCACAAAAUCUCCAACACCUGUUUGCUCAUAAUUAAGAGAGUCGUCUAUUACAUCCUAUACAUAAUAGACAACAAACACAAAAUAAGAAAUUUUAGGUACAUAAACAUAGAGAAGCAAAUAGAAAAAAUUACCAACAAGUUAUUCGAUUUGACAUUCCUUGAAGAUAAGAGAGUUUUAAUUAAAAUUGUGCAAAUAAUAUUAGCCCCUUUUUCUCAUCAGUAUAUGGAGUAUUACAACAAGGACAUUAUUAACACCUUGUUGAAAAUUUUGUACUCCGUUUAUUAUUCAUCAUUAUAUGAUAGAAAUACCAUUUUGUAUCAAACGUGUUGUGUUGCGUACAAGCAGCUACUCAAUUCGCUCAUUGAUGUGUGUAAUAGGGAAAGUAGAGGUGGGGUUACUCCGCGUGAUAACUUAGAGAAUUGCAUGUGCGAAACACACGAGAAGGAGAAAAAUGACACAGAAGGGAAACGAGACAGUGGUAACAACAAUCAUGUGUAUGGGGCGGAGGAUCACUCAAGGGAAGUGAAGCACCUCUAUUUUGAAAAUUUUCAUUUGCCAUAUGAUACGGAUAGCCCCAUAGAUCUCAUCUAUAUAACGGAUCUGAAAAAUGACAGUUUCAUGAAAAACAAAAAUAAAUUGCUUUCCCUAAUUCAUUACCUCUGUUACUGCUGUUUUGUAAAUAUUAGACUAAAGUAUAACUCUGUUGGGGUUUCUUCGCCUUGUGCGUAUGGAACUGCAGCGGACGAAAAACGAAAAGAAGAGUUUAUUAAUGGCACCGCUAAUAUAAGCCAAGAGCCAAGGCAAGAUUCGAAUGUAUCUCAAACGAAUGAAUCUUCCAGUAAGCCACAAUUCGGACGAAGCAACGAUCAGAAGUGGGCCGAUCAGGCCCCGAAAAAUGGAAGUAAUGGUACUCGCCAAGAAGAGCCAACUGAUGACAAAAUAGAUACCCCUCUCAAACAGACACGUUAUUCAAAAGACACACUACAGUCGGACAGAAACAGCACCGACCGCCCUGUGGAAGAAAAACAUAACACACAGGAGGAAGAAGAACAAGAACAGCAAAAAAGAAAGAAGUCCAGUAUCGACGGAAGUUUGUACAUGUAUAGUGUGAAAAAUUCUAAUAUAAAAAAAUUUUUGAAAAUUUUAAAAAGCACAAAUGGGAAAAACCAAAUGAAUAACAAAAUGAACCAUGAUGAUAACGAAAAUGCUCAACCAGACUCGUGUCACCAAAGGACAGAAAUCCUGUCGACGUACAACAAGAACAAUUUAAUUUUGCCAUUGAACUUCUGCCUAGAUCUAUUGUAUAUAUUUCUUAAUAACUAUGAACACUUUUUAAAAAAUUUCGAUUUUUUCAAAUUAUUGAAAUUUGAAAUUAUAUACAUCAUAGUGGUAUCAUUAAAGUAUAACUUACACAUAGACGUUUUUUAUCGAUGCCUCAAAAUUUUUGAGCUUAUCUGUCACAGAUAUUUUCAAUACUUCCUGGGCGAAAUAAAAUUUCUGUUCCUAAUCCUAAUUCAACAUUUGUGCUUGACGCAACCCUUUUCAAAAUUGCUCAUCGUUUUAAAUUUUUUUUUCUAUCUCUUUGAUGACACACGGACUGUUUUUCAUUUGUACAAAUACUUCUGCCAUGGGGGCGGAACGGAAAAGGAGGGAAGAGCAGCUGAGGAGGAAGAUGUGGAGAAAGACCAACAAGUGCCCAAAGACGUGGUAACCAGCGGUACCGAGGGAGCGAAGAAAAAAAAGAAAAAGAAAAAAAAAACCAAGAGGCGCUACAUUCAAGAGGAUGAUCAUCCCCCCGAGUUAGCACAAAAUGUCCCCACCGAAAAAUCGCCUAAUCAGAAACGCCCCAAUAUAGUAAGCAGUAAGUCCGAUGGGGAAAGUAAGGGGACAAAAUUGGGGGAGCCAAACUCGCUCGAAACGAACCCAAAACUGAGUGAUGUGAUGGGAACGAAAAGCUCAAGCGGGCAAGGGGAACACCACACUGAUGAAGACGGCUUCCUGUUCAUCAAGGUCGUAGAAUAUAUUAGCAAAAUUAUUCACGAAUUGCUAUUUUUACAUUCGAUUGACCUAACCAAAAUGUAUGCCCAUUUGAAGGUGUUUAAGUAUGAUAGGAUAUACACGGGCGAAAAGAAAGUUGAGCAGCAUGUCGAACAGGGGCCGAGUAAGUCGGGUGCCAGCGCCAGCUGCGAAAGGAAGGGCGCGGAGGGACACCACCAAGAAAGCGACAAAGAAAGACACGAAGAAAGCAACAAAAUAAGCGACAAGGAAUGCGACAAAGAAAGAAACAUAGAAAGACACAAAGGAAACCACGAGAAAAAGCUCAAGCAGGGAAACGGCCAUAUAAAACCAAAACAGCAGAACCAGGCGGAAGGGAACCAUGCGAAGGAAGUCCAAGGCAGAUCCAACGAAAUGCCAUUCCGCAACUUUUUGAGUUACCCCCUAAUUUUACCAAACAGUUCCGAAAACCCGAGGGAAAAUUUCUACUUAUUCAAAUACUCAGCGGAGAAAAAAGUAAGUAGAACCCUUUUUGAUGAUUUCUGCUACAAAGACGCUGACGAAAUACGUCUGCUUGCGUCCACUGUUGACAGUAUUUUAUCCCUUGUGAAUUCUUUUUAUGUAAUUUUUUUAAACAUAUUGAGAACGUCCCUAAAUCAGUAUUGCUUCGCAACGAUAGAUCUAAAUGAUGAGAGUGGAUUUGCUCUAAGUGAACCAUCGGCGUGUGGAAGCAGAUCCGAGGGGAAGCAUGUAAAGAAGGAGGAAGUGGAGCAAUUGUGCAAAGAGCGAGGAUAUGUUCUGCAAUCGGCCCCGACGGAACAACCCCCCAGUGUCAUUAGUGGAAAGAACCCCUCUUUUGAUGACGAACUGAAACGAAGGCUCAACUGUUACAAUGAGAACAAAGCCGAAGGCACGAAUAAGUGUGAAGCAAGAGGGAGCCAUUUGGAUAGCGCUGUGAUUGGCGGUGUGAGUGGAAGUCUGUAUAGCAGUGCAAAUAGUUGCAACUCCCUAAUACACCGCGCCAAACCCACGAAAGAUCGAAGCAAAAAAGAAGAAAAGAAUCCCCAUAGAAGCAAGCCUAUGAAUUCAAAUGACCAGUACCAUGAGAGCAUAUCCCUAUUUUUUAACGUAUUCAAUUCCACGUGCAGAUAUUUCGUAUCGUCUCUCUGCUUAAUCUUCUCCUACACGAACACGCUAGAUGUGUGUUUCUUCAGUGGGUUCCAGAAAAUAAUUUUUAUCAGUACUCAUUUAAAAAUAAAUAUCUGUACCAAUGCAUGUCUGCAGACAUUAACAAAAUGCAGUAGUAUUUUUACCCUAGAGAAUUCGCCCUUCUUUUUGAAGAUUCUUAGAAAUUUUGAAAGGCAAGAAAAUAGGAGUGAAAACAACUCCGGUGUAAGGAAGAACAAAGGGACCAUCAAAAGAAUCAGUAACCUUUUCAUUUUGUACUCCUCUAAUGAGAGUAAAACUUCCAAUCGCAAAGGUAGCGAGGCUAGUGUAAACGAUGGAGGCAAUUUUGUCCACACGGGUCAAUCACUGGGCACCGCUGCCUAUGUGCACAACACGAGUAAAUAUGUCAAACAUGGGAGUAACGACUUGACCGAAGCUAAGGAGGGGUCAAACAGAAGUCAUGAUGAAGUAGAACCCACAAAUGUGAAGGAAUACUUCGAAAAGGAGGACAAAAUAGAUGAUAUGCUGAUCAAACAAAAGAGCGAAGCGAAUAUUGCCAACGGGAGGAAUCUACAAAAGAGGGAACAGAGUGACGAUUAUUCGGGGAAUUAUUUUUAUAACUUGAAUAGCGGAGAAAGUGAUAGACGCGAAAACACAAAUAAUUCGCGUAAUGAGAACCAACCAAACAUGAGUGUUGAAACGUGGAAGAAUUCCCCCCAAAAUGACGCUCAUUGUAACGUUACCAGUACGGCUCUGCAUGACGGGGAAGGCGCAGGAACAGACAAAAGAAAUAGUCGAAGGAGAGACACGGAUCACUUACUGGAGAACAAAUCCAUCUCAAAAAAGACGAGCAUAGAAAGUGUCGACUCCAAUUUUGUUUGCUUCAAAUCGACAUUGAACGAAGAUCGUAUAAAAUAUUUUGACGAGAUCAUUAGUAUCAUAUUGAAAGAAUCAUACUUCAUAAACAACGAUUUGAAUAACGUAAAAUAUAUUCUGUCGAUAAAGGCAGUCAUUAGCAUAUUCUUCAUUUAUGGAGACAACCUCCAUUUUGACGACUGGCUAAGGAUGAUUAACCUCUUCGUCGAAGUUAAUUACAUAUAUAAGUAUAUAUCUUCAAUAGAGAACAAAACGAUUGAGUUCCUAAACUUCCUGCAUCACAUUAACAAAAAUGAGGAAGAUUUUAUCUUCUCUCUAAGUAAGAGACUGAUCGACUCGGACAAAAACACUUAUGUACAAAAUGUAAAUUCAAAAAGUGCUGAAUUCUGUUAUUUUAUAUUGAGGUUUAUUCAGAAGAAUCCUGUACUGUGUGCAGAAAUUACUGUCAUUUAUUCCUCUUUUUCUUACUUUUUUAAGAACACCAUAUUUUAUAAGCUUUCCACGUUGGUUAAUAUUUUGAAUUCAAUUCAUUUUAUGAUAUUUAAUCAGUUUUUCAAGCAGAGGAAGAUGGGGCCCAAGAGGGGGGAAAUACCUCCCAGGUUAUGUUAUAAGGGUAGAGCCCCUGGGGGCGGCCACAUACCAGGCAAAGAGAGUAAACAAAAUAGAGAUUCACAUGGGAGUGGAAGAGGUUCUAAUGAUACGUGCACCACUGUGUUGAACGGCCAUAUGGGAAGUUCCCAAAAGGAGGCUAACUGCGAGGAUGGAAAUGAAAGCAUUACCGGGUUAACGGAGCCCUCCAGGGAGGAAGCACUACAUUCAGGAAACUCGCGCGGAAGGGAAAAGAACGAAGAAGACACAACUUCCAGCAGUCGUGAAUACAUAAAGUUUAACAAAUUAAAUAGAAAGAAAAAUAUAAUUGAAAAGUACAUCGAAUUUUUGCACAAGAAUGAUAACAUUUUUGAGGUGUAUUAUUAUUACCUGUCCCAUUUUGACCCUAUGUACACAACCUAUUUUUCCUUCUACACGGAUAUGUUCUUUUUAGCUAAGGGGGAGAAGCGGAAAGGGGUGAUGCAUAAGGAAAUGGCGAAGGAUAGACCAAACAACAGCGAAUGCGCAAAUUUACCAAGACAGGGAGUUCCCACUGAAGAGACAAACUUGUCGACAGAAAUGAAUGAUAAACCCAGCGGUAAUGCGGCCAAAGAGCACAACUACUAUAUCGUACUGAAGAAAUUAGAAAAGUUUUGCAUCUUCGAAGAUUUCUACCCCCUAUAUAUGAUAGAAAUGCUGUGUGUUAUUAACCUGGAUAAGAUAAGAAGCAUUUACAACAAUUGCUGCAUGAACAUAUUAUUGCUCUCCUUGUGCAAAAAUAAUGACAUCCAGAAAAAAAGCAUCGACACGUUGUUCAAUAUUAUAAAAGAGUCUGUUGUACAUUAUAAACACAACUUUGAAAUUCAGUUUCUGUUGUUUAAGCCAUUUUUCCUGUUCAUAGUUAACCCGCAUGCAUGUUACCGAUCGUAUUUCAUUAGCUCCUUCUUAAAUUUCGUUCGAAAAAAUGCUUCCUUUUUUAACAAGGAUAUGUGGCUGUUUAUUAUUUUUCUCCUCUACGUAUCAUUCCAGAAAGAGUUAAAAAAAAAGAGUUUAAAAAAUGACAAGGGAGAUGAAGAGGAUAGCCAAAAAAUAAUGGAAGAAAAUAUAUCCAACAUUAACAGCAUUUUUAACAUCCUAGAGAUUAUAAUUGUAGAUUAUAUUGAGGAAGUCCCUGUGUGCAAAAUUAUGGAAGUCGUCAUCCAAAUGCUCAUCCUCUUUUCGUCCCUAAAUGUUUUGAGCAAUAACGUAUCCUUCAGGGCGAUCAAUUUUUCCUGGUCAGUCGUUGAUUACAUUGUGGGGCGCUCUCACAUGCUGAAGAGGAAUGGAAAAGAAAAAGACCGUGGUGCAGCGGAAGAAGGAGAAAAAGGCACCUCCCAAGGGGAUGAACACAAAACAGGCCAAAACAAACUCCUUCAUAUUUGCGUCAUAGAAAACAAGAAAAUUUACAUAUACGAAACGGAAAUUAAAAUGAAAAACAUAAAAAUGAAAAGCUUUUUUAUCUUCAUUUUGAAUCAACUUAUGAAGCUUUGCUUCGACGAAAGAAUAGAGGUUCGAAAUUGCAGCAUCAAAACGAUCAUUAGUAUUCUCUCCACACAUAUUUGCAAAUUCGACUUUUUCUUUUACAAAACAUCCAUUUGUUUGUUACUUAAGCGGUUGAGCGUUAGGUAUUACUCCAAGUUGCAGGAAUAUUUCGAGAUGGAGUGUAGGAGUGAGCACCAGGUAGAGUGCCAAUCGGGUGAACCUACCAGUGUAAACGGCACAGAAGACGUAAGCAGCUUCCCAUUGGAGAGCGCAAACAGUGAUGCAGCCCGCACGAGUGAAGAUCUGCCAGAACGAGGAAGGACCUCCCUGAGGGAAAAGUUCAGGAAGAGCUUCGCAGACCUCACGGCAGAGAUGGAAGGACAAUUCGAAAAGAAAAAAAGAAAAAAAAUGGGGGGGGAAAUGAAGGAGCACCCCAAUUUGUUAAGCGAAAUUGAAAAAGGGGCCGGUAUCCCCAGCAGUAACGGAAGUGGAGCGCGAAGCGGAAUCGGAGGCCCAAGCGGAAUCCGAAACCGAAGCGGAAACAGAAUCAGUAGUGGAAACACCUCUUUGGGACCAGAAACGAACGGAGACUUGUACGACUAUGUAAAUGAAAACUUCAGCAAAAUUAUCAUCCACCAUUCAAGGGACAGCAAACUGAAGCAGUGGAUCGAAAGCUUUAUCCUAAUCAUAGAAGGGUGUAAUAGAAUCCUCCUCGAGCAAAGGAACUACAGAAAGUUUUACAUUUUUUAUGGCACCUUUGUCAACAUCCUGAAAACUACACUCUUUGUCAAGUAUAAGAGUAGGAACAUGUUUGAGUUGCACAUAUCGAUAUUGCAAAUACUUCACAACAUUUUUAUGUCCAAAUUCACCUACUAUGAUGUCUUCCAUUUCACAAUGAAGAAUUCGCUAAGCAAUAGGAAUAGGUGCUCUGAUCAUGUAAGCAUUUUCGACAUGUGCCUUUUUUACAUUUACAAUUAUGCCUACUGCACUGAUGACCAGAAGAUUAAAGAUUUCAUUUUGAAGCUCCUUAUGGAAAAUUUGAAAAAUGUGUACUGUGACAAGUGGAUAUAUGUGCACUCGUUGAUGUAUUUGCAUUUGUUUCACUUGUUGUUCACGUCCAGCGUGGAGGUGGUGCUGAGCCCAGGGGAAGGGAAAAACUACUCCUUCUUGAACUACGACUCCAUUUUGAAUGAGUUGUUUUUUGAUUACUUUGUAAGCGGGAGGGAGACGAUCAUACAUCAUGUGGAAAGCGACAUCAAUGCUGCAUCGAACAAGACGGAGAAUAACCCCCCCAAGUGCGCACUGAAGGAUGGGCCGCAAGGGGGGGGAGGGGGCGCUCCAAAGAGACCAUCCUUCCUAAACAGCCACUUCACAUUUGAGUACAAAACCAACGAAGCAUUGAAUGACCCACUAAAUAUUUACAACAUACUAGAGAACAACAAAGGGAUAUAUAGCACAGAAUCAUUUGGAGAGAACGAGAAAUUGAGGAGUAAAAACAUAUACGCGGGCUUCCUAAAUGGUCACGUAAAUAGCGAAAUUUUUACCAUCAUGAUGGACAUUUUUCAAACGCUAGAGUACGACAAAAUAAAUCUCCUAAUAAAUGAGGAACUGCUAAAGUGUGUAAAAUAUUUGCUACUAAGUUUGUCAGAGAAUGAAGAGAAAAAGUCCAUUCUGAGCAAACUGUUACACUUUUUCUUUGAUGAAAAAAUACUGUUUAAUGAAAACUCGGAUGAAAUAAUUGAAAAGAUAGAACUCAAUGAUACAUAUAACAAACUCGAUAUGGACAUAAACACCAAGGAACUGAAUGAGGAAAAUAAAGAGUGUAGCAGAUUAUUUACCUUAAAUUAUAAGAAAAUUUACCCAUUAAAUAAUUAUAUAGAAUAUUUCCAAAUAUUCUCCAUAGGACUGUUCAAUUAUUUCACUCCUUUUUUGGUUUUCUACAUUCAUAACAAAUUCAAUUUGUUUCCUAACUAUAAUGUAAAUAUAAUUUUCUCCAUCAUACUGUGCAAUUUUAUGAGACAAGAAUUUUACAGCAUAUUUUAUCAGAAAGAAAAUUACUCCCUUGUGCUUUCCUUUGUUAAUAUGUUUCCAUACAUUAUUGCGGGUCACGUCAAAUGCUUCUUGCAUAAUAUAAGUAACAACUCCUGCUUUGUCUUUUACGAAAGUAUUAUCAUCCUGCUGAAAAUUACGUACAAUAUGCUUCAAAUUUCGGGGAAUAUCGCCAAGGGGGAUUUGCUCAAGUACUGGUGUGCGGUCAUUUUCUCCGUCGAAAAGAUUCUUUUCGUUAGUUGCAGCAACGACAAAAUCGACAUGCUGGAUAUAAUGCUCAUAAAGUUUAUACGGAACCAUUACUUGGUGGAGAAUUCGAAGGCUCCACUGUUUAUAAAAAUAUACCUGACGAAAGUUAUAAGCGAAUUGAACGAUAAGAAGCGAAGGGCCUUCUCAAGCUGGACGCUGCAGAUAUUGUUUGAGGAAUAUGAAAAGAUGACCAAGGAGAAUUACAACGACAGUUACUACAGAACUUUUAUGACAUUAGUCAUGCUAAAGAAAUGUGUGCUGACCCUGAGGAGCUUUUCAAGUGAAAAUAAUGAGAAUGCUGAUGAAGUUUUGUUUAUUUUAUACGAAAUGAAGAAGUUGAAGUGUUACUACUCCUACAUUGACAUGAAGAGCAGUUCGAUACUGAAAUGCUCAGAGGACAAGGCGCACUUGUUCAUUUGCUACCCCUACCUGUUGGACUGCCUAAACACGGAAAAUACGUAA